AUGCUCCAGUCUUUAUUGCAGCCAAGAGAUAAUCAGCGGUCAAAGAUGAUUGGCGCGAUGCCCGCAGUGGCGGUGCGGCACGAGCGGCGGCGUGCGGAGAAACGCGGUGGCGGCGGACGGCGAGCGUCUGCACUGCCGGGCCGCGAGGAUGAGCCCGAACUAGCGCCCCUCCGCCUGCGCAGCGAGCUCUACGUCUGCGGCAAGCUAGCGGCUCUACAUGCGGUGGUGGGUUCGCUGUUGCUGGGCAUCGUAGUGCUGGUGGUGGGUCUGGUGCAGCUCUCGCCCGGCGCGGAGGCCGCGCAGCACCGCUACUAUCUGAUGGGCACUGGGGCAGCGCUCGUCGGUGCUGGUAUGAUUGGCGCCGUGCUCAGAUGCAUGUGCCUACACUGGUUCAACCGAAAGUACCGCGAAGAAGACGGUGAUUCUGAGCCUGCCACUCACAAGAACGGCGUCAGUGUUGUCGAGAGUGGCCACGGCCACGACGACCACAAGACCGGCCAUGACGUCCAGCAGUCUGGCCAUGAUACACAUAAGCCCAGCCAUGACCACAAGACCGGACACGAUGGUCACAAAGACAAGCCGAAACUAAAGACUCAAGCGAGCGUUGGUCGCGAUCACGACUUGAUCAAGCAACCGUCGGCCGCCAGCGACACCUAA